AUUCCUAAGCAUCAUCACACACUUUUUCUUUGCGGUUUCUCAUUCUUGUUACUAGUACUAUCCUUGGCUGGCUUUAACUAUCAAUUAGUCAAAGACGCUAACAAGAUCAAUCAGAUCAUCAAAAGCAACAAAGUGAUCAAGCAAAUGGACGAGAUUAUUUCUUUCUCUUCUUCCUCUUCUCUUGUUAACGCUUAUCAUGAGGCCUCCUCACCAACGAUUCAACAACGUCUCCAGUUCAUUAUUCAAAGCCGGCCUGAAUGGUGGAUCUACUCCAUCUUCUGGCAGACGUCUGAAGACAGCAAUGGCCAAGUUGUUCUUUCAUGGGGCGAUGGCCAUUUUCGUGGCAGCAGAGACUUCGUGUCAAAAGUGAGCAACGACAAAGGCGAUGACCAAACCAGAUACGGGUUCGGUUUGGACAGAAAGAGGGUGAGUAAAGGACUACUCCAAUCUCUUUUGGCUGAGGACUUGGACGUAGACGGAGUAACAUUGGAUGGUCAGGUCACCGACUCCGAAUGGUUUUACGCCGUCUCAGUGACGCGAUCAUUUGCUGUACGCGAUGGUGUUCUCGGCCGAGCAUAUAGCUGCGGGGAGUACAUUUGGUUGGCAGGUGAUCAAGAGCUCCAAUUCUAUGAGUGCGACAGAGCUAGAGAAGCUCGUAUGCAUGGGAUUCAGACUCUAAUUUGCGUUGCAACUUCACGUGGGGUGGUGGAACUGGGUUCUUCGGAGUCAAUAAGAGAAGACUGGGGCUUGGUGCAACAAGUUAAGUCCCUUUUUGGGGCUGGAAAUGCGAGUUCUGAGGUGUUGAGGGAGCUGGGAAGCCAUCAGGGUCAACCACCAAUUUCGGCCAAACGCGAUAUUCCUAAUUUUCUAGAUAUCGGAAUGCUUCCACAAGCACAAAAGGAGUGCACCUUGCUGGAGAAGCAACCGGAAGUUGAUAAAAUUAAAGAUCAAGGCGCUGGUCUUGGCCGUUCCUCAUCUGAUUCAGGGCAUUCUGAUUCUGAUGGUAAUUUGGCCUCUGAAAAUACUCGGAACAUUCGGCUGAAGAAAAGAGGGAGAAAGGCCACGACCGGGGGAGAUUCCCCGGUAAACCACGUGGAAGCAGAGAGGCAGCGCCGAGAGAAGCUUAACCAUCGGUUCUACGCUCUCCGCUCAGUGGUUCCCAAUGUUUCAAAGAUGGACAAGGCAUCUUUACUCGCUGAUGCAGUCGUGUACAUCAAUGAGCUCAAGGCCAAGAUUGAUGACUUGGAGGCGAAACUUAAAGCACAACCCCGAAAGGCCAACAUGAGUAAUUUGAGUGGUAUGUAUGACAGUCGAAGCAUAACCUCCACUGUUGAUCACACAAGGCUAUCAUCAUCUAGUUUUACUGCAGCUGAGAUUUACGUGGAGGUGAAGAUUGUUGGAUCAGAAGCCUCGAUCCGAAUACAAUGUCCGGACGUGAACUACCCGCAUUCAAGAUUGAUGGAUGCACUCAGAGACCUUGAGUUUCAAAUCCAUCAUGCUAACAUCUCAAGCAUCAAAGGGCUGAUGGUUCAAGACGUUGUGGUUAAAGUUCCUGAUGGAUUGCAAACUGGGCAGGCAAUCAGAACAGCUAUUCUGCAAAGUAUGCGGAGUUAGUUAAUUUAUUGCAAGUAUCAAAUGUGGUCAAUUAUCCUGGAUCACGCUCUUGCGUGAUGUCUCAAAAGCGGCCAAGUUCGAAGAAAGAACUGGGUAUUAAUCGUAGUUUUUCCCUGUUUCCUCCUCCUUCUCUUUUCAAUUUUUGCUUGAAGGAAUAAUAUUUCGAGUUCCGAGGGAAUUAGUCGAAGAAGUUGGAGUUAAUGAAUCAAGGUAUAACUGUCAAAGUAGAAUGAAACAAAUACCAAAAUAUAUUGAGAUUUUGCUUGGCAGU